GUGUCAGGUUGUUACGAAGAUUCUUCUUAUCUUACUCUCUGGUGGGAAGCUUUCAGUCCCUUAUCCCUCAUUCAAACCCGGGUAUGUGAGUAAGAGCAAAUGUUAAAUUCAUUUUGCAAAUUAAGGACUCUGAAGGGGAGCCUUGGGUGACAGGAUAAGACUAUGUACAAUAGAACUUUGUGGUCCGGCCUUUCCCGACCCCGUGCAUAGCGGGAACUUAGUGCACCGGGGUUGCCCUUUACCCAAAUUAAGAACUCUGAAUCUUGGGCAUUAACCUUUAUGUAGGUGACAUUCUCUGUUUUGUACAGUAUCCAAUUGAAGUUCCAAGAAUCAAGACCCUCCUUCAUCCCAAUUAGCUUGUAACUUAAUUUAUUGAGUCUGAUUAGCUAUAAAAGGGCAACCCGGUGCACUAAGCUCCCGUUAUGUGUGGAGUCCGGGGAGAGGUCGGACCACAAGGGUCUAUUGUACGCAGUCUUACCCGGCAUUUCUGCAAAAGGCUGUUUCUCUUGAAUCCGGGACCUCCUGAUCACAUGACAGCAACUUUACCUGUUACUCCAAGGCUCCCGUAUUAGCUAUAUAAGUUGCAAUUUAUCUUACAUUAAGUAAAAGGAAUAUCAAAACAGUCUCUUCAUAAGACUUGACAAUGAAGACUAAUUAUUGCUGCAAGACUUUAAGUCUUUCCAUUAACAAGAAGGUGCUUUGAAAAUUCACCUCACAGCACUUAAUAUACAUUUAUCACAAUUUCUCCAACUCCACUAACAACUAAAAGCAGUGAACAACUGAGUUCAUAUCUUGUCUUCAUUUUCUUGAGCUGGGAAUUUGUUUGUUUGAUCAGUGGCUAGUGGGAGGAUUUACUAUGACUUUCACUUCUUUUGUAUGCUUUAUUCUGAUCUGUUACUUAGUUCAGACAAAAGGCAGAAGUGAUUCAUCUUGUCCAAAGUCAUUUUCAUGUGGAAAUCUUACUGACCUGAGCUUUCCAUUCACUCUUUCCACACAAUCUGACUGUGGAUUUCUGUCCAUAUCUGGUUGUGAUGCUAAACCAUUUCCAAGAAUCCAACUGCUUCCUGGAGGAGAUUGGUAUUAUGCUUUAGGAAAGCCGUAUAAUUAUACAGUUUGGCUUCGGGACACCAAACUUGAAGCAACAUUGAGGCAACACGAAUGCCAGGUUUUCGACGAAAAUUUCUCCCUUACAAACUCUCCUUAUAUUUCUUUCAAUAUACUUAACCUUCACAACUUCUUCAAAUGCAACAAGAGUAGUAAUAAUACCUUAAACGUUACGCUGAAAAGGAAAGAUCAUUUUACUGGUUAUGAAAUGUACGACGGAUGUGAUGCCUUCAGCAUAUAUUACAAGCUUCAUGGAGAUGAUGAUGAUGAUGAUGAUGAUCGCGACAUUUCAGCAGGCAAUCUUACUGCUGCUUGUUCACUUGUCAGAUUGCCAAUUGUAUCAGUAUCAAAUAAUGGUAAUGUUUUCACAAUGUUAAGUCCUGAAUUUCAAGUAGAAUGGAAACUGUCUGAUGAGUGUUAUGGCUGUCACUAUAGUGGAGGUCAAUGCCAGACUGAUAUUACCAACAAAUUUCUUUGUCACACAGAUGUUAGCAACAAAACAGCAGCAGGUACAUCAAAAAGGGGUCAUCUCCGGACACCCUGGUUCAUUGUAGCCACAGGUACAUUCUUCUCUUGUAUUGGACUGUUGGUUUUACUCUUCUACUUCAGGGAAAAGAUUUUGUGGUACAAAUACCUAAGAUUUUGGGAUUCUAAUGCUGAGGAUCACCGAAAUAUUGAAGCAUUUCUAAUGAAUUAUGGGUUAUAUGCUCCAAAAAGAUACAGCUAUUCAGAAGUCAAAAGAAUCACCAGUCACUUCAAAAACAAAUUAGGCCAAGGAGGAUGUGGUAAUGUAUACAAAGGAAGAUUGCAUAAUGGGAAGCAUGUGGCAGUGAAGCUUGCAAAUCGAAAAGGCACUAGUGGUGAAGAAUUCAUUAACGAGGUUGCAAGUAUUAGCAAGACAUCACAUGUUAACAUCGUGAGCCUUGUGGGAUUUUGUUUUGAGGGUCGCAGAAGAGCUCUCAUUUAUGAAUUCAUGCCAAAUGGAUCUCUUGAAAAGUUUAUCUAUGAGGAAAGAUCCAACAGAGUUCGCCAAUUGAGUUGGCCAAUAUUAUACAAAAUUGCACGAGGCAUUGCUCGUGGAUUGGAGUACUUGCAUCGUGGUUGUACCACUCGGAUUUUGCAUUUUGAUAUAAAGCCUCACAACAUCCUACUUGAUGACGAUUUUUGUCCUAAGAUUUCUGACUUUGGUCUAGCCAAACUUUGCAUGAAAAAGGAGAGUGUCGUGUCAAUGUUAGGUGCACGAGGGACUAUUGGUUAUAUAGCUCCAGAAAUUGUUUGCAGAAACUUGGGAGGUGUCUCUCAUAAGUCUGAUGUCUAUAGCUACGGAAUGAUGGUCCUAGAGAUGGUUGGAGGAAGAAAAAAUGUUGAUGUUGAAGUUGACCGUACAAGUGAAAUCUACUUCCCACAUUGGCUCUAUCGGCGAAUUGAACUAGACGAAGAGCUCCAACUAAUCGGGAUAAUGAAUGAUUCGGAGAAAGAAUGUGCAAGAAAGAUGGUGUUAGUGAGUUUAUGGUGCAUACAGACUGAUCCCUCGAAUCGACCAUCGAUGAGCAAAGUUGUGGAAAUGUUAGAAGGAAACCAAGACUACUCUUUGCAAAUACCUCCCAAGCCUUACCUAUAUCCUGCCUCAAGAUCAGAGGUAAAAUCAUCAGUAGUAGUAGAACCGGCCCAAGCUUUAUUUGUUGAUAUGUCAGCUAAUAUUUUGUAUGAAAUUUAAGUAAAAGUUGAUAGUGUCUUUGA